AUGGAAAAACACGAUGAUUUUAAAAGUUUAGUUACAUGGCCACACGAAUGGAGACCUGAAGACAGUAGUAUUGAUGAUGAAGAAAGUAAUGAUUAUCGUUUAAACCCUCCAGAAUUAAAAAAUAUGACACAGGUUGUACCGGAACAAUUAAUUAAACAACAGAAACAUCCAACAGCAUCAGUUGCAGUCAAUAAUAAUAAUAAUAAUAAUAAUAAUAAUAAUAAUAGUAAAAUUGAACUUAAACAUUUUUAUAAUAAAGAAAAUAGUAACUAUCGUUCACAACGUUCAAAUUCUGCAACAUUAUCCACUAUUAGUGUUACAUGUGAUACCGACACAUCGAUGAGAGCAACACGCCAACAUCAGUCGAAUCAAACCGGUGCAACAGUAUCUAACAGUAUUCGUUUAUCGCCCACCAUUGGAUCACACUCAUCAAUUACUUCAGUAUCAAAUCAACGUCAUUCUAUGAAUAAACCAAACAUUCAACAACCGUCCAUUAGACAAAAAAUCAUACCAUCAUCUAUGUCCGCUGCCACUAUAUCUUCUACGGCAAUAUCAUCCUCACAGAAAAAAUUUAAUUCCAAAUCUGGAAAGUCAACAGACCUGGUCGAAGCAAGCGGCAUGACACAAUCGAUAUUAAAAAAUAAUACUUCACGCUCACCACCAAUGAAAAUGAUAAUUGAAAAACCCUUACCAUCAUCAUCAUCAUCAGCUAUUAAUAGAAAUAACUCUAAUAACAAUAAUAAGUUAUUGACACAAGCCUAUUUUCAAUCAUCUAGCAAAACAUCUUCAUCCUCAACCACAUCUAAAAUACCAGUUAAAUUAAAAUCCAUUUCAUUUGAUGAACAUCAUCGUUCAUCUACAAUAUCAUCAGCAGCAUCUGUAUCAUCGAGAAAUAAAAGUGUUUUAGAACAUUUAGUAUUUGUUUUUCCAGAUAAUGUUAAACGAAUGCUUGCUGGUGGUAAUAGAAAGCCAUCUAUAGAAGAAAUCAAAAGUUGGGCAGAUUCAUUUGAAAAACUUAUGCAAAGUCAAGGCGGUCGACAUCAUUUUCGAGAAUUUUUACGUUCUGAAUACAGUGAAGAAAAUAUGUUAUUUUGGUUAUCAUGUGAAGAAUUAAAAACUGAACAAAAUCCAGAAAUUAUCGAAGAAAAAGCCAGACUAAUCUAUGAAGAUUACAUAUCAAUAUUAUCUCCCAAAGAAGUCAGUCUAGACAGUCGUGUACGCGAAGUAAUUAAUAAAAAUAUGGUUGAUCCUACGCCACAUACAUUUGAAGAAGCCCAAGUUCAAAUAUUUACUCUCAUGCACAGAGACUCAUAUCCAAGAUUCAUUAAUUCACAAACGUAUAAACGACUAUUACGUGGUGAUACCAAAGUGUGA